AUGGGCAGCACAGUCAUUGGUACUAUGAAUAUUACAGCUAACAGAACUGAAUUGGUGGAGGAGACAUGGUCCAGUGUGGAGAAGUCUGUGAUCGUGGUCAUUGUUAGUAUUGAGAUGGUGCUGGGAAUUCUGGGAAAUGGCCUGGUCCUGAUUGUUAAAAUGGUGUGUAGGGAUCAAUUUCAGUGUGUUUACUGGCUCCCAUUUGUCAGCCUCACACUCUCUGACUUGUGCUGUGCCAUGCUGAUCAUAACCGGUUCCUUGCUGGCUGUCUUGACCGGAGGUCAGAGGUCACCGUGGUGUGAAGUGGUCAGCCUGUUCAAGUUCACCUUCAUCACAUCCUCCAUCGGAAGCAUAGCACUCCUCUGUGUCCAGCGGUAUAUGGGCCUGGCCUCCACUAGGAGAUGCAUGUCUGUCAUCCUAGUAGUGGCAUGUUUGGCUUCCUGGUUGUUAGGUGCCAUGUUUGGGGUGGUGCCAGUGAUCUAUGAUUGGGUUAGGUUUGACCCUGCAGAGAUGCUGUGUGCUGUGUUCUGGGAGAACAGUUACUCUGACAUGCUGGUCUACAUACUCUGCGCCUUCCUUAUCACACUACUCCCACCUUUGCUGCUCAUUAUCGCCUGCUCCUUACUGACAUGGGCUGGCUAUGGGAAGAACUGUGCCAGGCAGACAGAUUUAUCAUCCGUCACGCCCCUUUUGGUGGGAACUUAUCUGGUCUGUUAUACUCCUUUUACUGUGUCAGAGCUGAUUCUUCUUGGGAGACUGGAUCUGUCUCCAUCUCCUGAGUGGCUGAGAACACUUUCAGCAGUAAUGGCGUAUCUGGACUGUAGUUUGAACCCCAUCAUUUACUGCACUAACCAAGACUUUCGAGAGGCAGUACUUGCACUUCUGUGGACCAGCAGAAAGUCAAGCUUCCCUGAACCUGUACUGACUAGCAUAACAAAAAUAGACACAUAAUACUGAUAUGGAAAAAGAGAUGAUUGUGAUAAAUCAUGUUGGUGGUAAGCUAACUAUGGUUUAAGAUAAGGUCUUAU